AUGCGUCCGCGCCGUAAAGCGGCACGAGAAGCCGAACGUAACAUCACAGGCGUGCUCAAAGGUGGGGAUAAUAUCCAGGAGGAGCAGUAUGGCUCGCGGAGUCGAAAAGUCGACGGCCAGCUACGGAGGUCUGCUCGCACCAGACGCACCAACCAGGAGGCUGCUGCCUCUUCAAGUUCGGAAUCUUCCUCGGAGCAUAGUUCAGUGGUAAGCAGCAGGGCGCGCUGGCGCCUGCCAGCAACGUCUCGCUCGUCAAGUUCCGAUGAAGCAUCGGAACCGACAGAGAGUGAGGUCUCGACUCCAGAGGAGGACUCGGAAGAGGCAGCGACCUGGUCACCGGGGCAGCGACGGAAACGUGUCAAAGAGUCGGCUUCGAUAUCGACAGAACCGCGGCAGAGUCUGAUCUACACCUCAGGGUUGCGGAAGUUGGAAAACAUUUCUAUGCACGAGUUGGACGAGCGAAGUUUAGAAGGGUUAGAACCCUCGGCGAUGUGGCAGCUGCCGGCGACCUGGCGUCUAUUGCAAGUCUUCUCCAAACGCCUCGGCAUUCCUGACGUGACGCCCAUGGAGCUCGAGCACGCUCUGGAGACGCCACAAUAUGCGCCCAUUUUGGCAGAAAUAAUGGCAAGCCUGGCUGGGUAUCGCACUGGCAGUGGCACCAGAACAGAGCAUGACGGGAGUCGCGCAGUGGCAGCACUGCAGCGUGCGGACUGGGUCCAACGAGCGGAUGCUUUAUGGUUUCCGCAGUUCGUUCGUUUCUUUCAACAGCAUCUGGCGGAAAUGAUCAACCUUGGGCUGUAUCCGGAGGAGCGCUCCACCAGCACUGAGUCUGCAGAUGCAGCGUCUAUCAUGGAUGCGCUCGAGGCCGGUGGCUGGGAAGCGUUCCUGCAGCUGAGGGCAAGCCAACGCCUGCUCAUUUUGUACGCGCUCUGCGAGUUCGUACUCUGUAGUCCGAACGAAGAUAACCGCUACUUGAAGGAUUUGCGGCAACUACACCAUGACGACCUGCGAAUCCUGCCAGUGGGCAUCGAUAGGAACGGAGCGCUAUAUUGGUACUUUGACGACAAUUGCCGCUUGUAUAGGGAGUUGCUUGACGACACAGAAACGAGCGCUUUGAAAUCCACGAAAGGCCGACGCAGGGGCGCAAAACCUUCGCCGCACUACGAGUGGUGCGUUGCUGCGCAGGGGCCGGAUGCCCUGCGAGACCUCAUCGAGACGCUGGACGAUGCUCGACCCCGUUCCAGAGAACGCGCUUUGAGACAAUGGCUCAAGCAGGAACUUCUUCCCGUCUGGGAAGAGCACAGUCGCAAAUUAGAGCGUUUGCAACGCCGUCGAGAACGUCUCGAGCGGCUGCUUGCCACAAAACGGACAUCCUCCCGGGUCCAAGAACUGGAACUUGCUCGCCAGCGGGAAGAGGAGCUGCGGAAGCAGCGUGAAGAGGAAGCAAAGGAACUGGAACGCCAACGCAGACGCGAGGAGUUGGAACGUCGGCGCGAACUGGAACGAAUAGAGCGUCUGGCAAAGCGCCAACGAGCGGAAAUCGAACGAGCGCUUCGUGCAGCCGAACGGGAGCGCGCCGAAGCUGAAGCGCAACUGCAGCGAAGGGAACGAACAUCGUCUCGUCUUCAGGAACGUGAAAAUGGUGUAGCAGAGGAGCAAACCAUGGCAGCAACAAAGUCAUCGAGCAGCGUUAACGACGAUGCCAUGGUACUAGAGGAGCAUAUUCCACCUGAGAUGAACUUGCCGGCUACUGAUGCAAGUAGCUCUCAUCAUAACGCUGCUGAUGCAACGAACACAGAAAGCGCACUCCCGCAGCGGCUUCUCACCUGGUUCCGCAUCCUGGACGAGUGUACGGGAGAGCACGCCUGUCUGGAUGCCCUGGAAUUGGAGCAGACGUCCGCGAAACGCAACACUGGCGGCGGCCCGGGAGCUCUGGAAACGCCGAAUUCGCUCGUCGCCGAAGGUCUGCUGAUCCCGGGCGCUGGUCCUGGAAGUGUCAAGCUCCGACCAACGAUGAUUCGAACUAGUCGUAUUCUCGAAUGGUGCAUCGAUUACGGUGAAGUAUGCAUUUGGAUACGAACGGCACGGGCGUGGUACAAGCUUGUUACACCGCAUCCGUCCCAUGAACCGUAUUUCGCCACCACUAGACGCAAAUUCGAGUUGUCCAUACGCGUGAGUAUCCUGUGUGCAUCUUUUCCGAAUUCUAAGGCGUGCAGUUUCCGGAAUCUCAGUAAGCUGCUCGUGCUACCUUACGGGGAAAUGAGAGGCUACGCACCCGAAGAGGUCAUCGCCGAGGCGCGUUUCCUACUGAAUCAAGCGGAGAUGCUAGGUCGUCCGGAAAUGCGAGACAAUGCCUUUAUGCGCCGCUUGCGACGGGAGACCGAGGCCGCCGCUCUGCGCGAGCGUGCCCGGCAACUGCGCUCUCAACAACGAGCCGCCCAGAAGAGGCACCGCGUUGCAUCCUGGGCACCGGCGCUGCCGUUUGUAUCCGAGGGACCUCACUCACAGCAACAGCCUCGUAUUCUUAUUCGUUUUGACACCCGAGCGACUGGCGACGGUGAAACGCGCGUACGCACACCCCAGGACUCCGAAGCUAGGAACCGCGUCGAUGGCAGUGUUGCGAUCAGGCCAGAACGACCGUCUUGGUCUGUGGCGGCGUCCUAUGGCCCGGGAUUGUUCUUCUCAAAAACGCCAAAGGACUUGUACGCAUCCCAAACAGCAGCGUGUGCUCCCGGUAAGCGCCCGAGCAGGCGUCGACACUGGUGGGUUGCAGCGAGCUACGGCCCUGGUAUAUGGUGGCUACGGGUGCGCCGACCCAGGCGACGGCCGGUGGACCAGGCCGCUUCUGUUGCUGAGGUUACUGCAGCACCACCUGCGUUCGCAGCUGAGCAUGUCGAACGCUACCCGCGCGAGUCAGCGAUACGCGCCACUGCCAAUUUGGUGACGGAGACUCCUGCUGCUGGUGAUUGUGUUGGCGUUGGUGAUGGUGUUGCUGCACCGAAUUUCACAAACGCUCCGGCAGCGACAUUCGGCUGGAAUAUUGCUGGCUACGAGUAUGAGCCCGACCAGCGUUCUGUUGCAUCAACUCACUGCGCCACCAGUGCGGUACGGCAGCUUCAUCCGAGCGCAGCGGAACAGGAUACCACGAGUCCGGCGCACAGUGACCGCGAAAACGCCCCUACGCUGCGUGAGACGUCAUCUCCAGGGGCAUCGCCAAGCCUGUUUUCUUCAGAGCGCCGCUCGAUGCACUAG